CUGAACUCUGCCUGCAUGGGCAGCGGCUCGCCACUCCUGGAACGACCCCUGAUACGAAUCACUUGGACGAGAGUACUUAUGCGAAAUGGACUCAGGCAUUUCGAAACAGCUCGUAGACAAGAUGUACGAGAAGCGGAAGGCGGCGGCGCUGGAGCUUGAAAAGCAGAUACGCGAAAGCCACCAACAGGGAGACCAGCGCCGCAUCAGCCAGAUUGUGGACCAGCUCGUAGAGAUGUUUAGCAACCCCUCAAAUCCGUUGCACGUCCGAAAUGGCGGUCUCAUUGGUCUUGCGGGCACAGCCAUCGCCCUUGGGGUCGAUAUCGCGCCGUACAUGGAGAAAUUCGUGGAACCACUGCUUGUAUGCUUCACGGAUCCCGAGAACCGCGUCCGGUAUUUCUCGGCGGAGUGUCUGUAUAACAUCGCGAAAGUGUCAAAGGGCGAGAUAUUGGUUUACUUCAACCCCAUCUUUGACGCGCUCAGCAAGCUUGCCGCAGAUUCGGAGCUGUCUGUCAAGAAUGGCGCGGAGUUGCUGGACCGUCUCCUGAAGGACAUUGUUGCGGAGACCGCUUCGGUGUACAUUCCCCAGUAUCCGGAGACGGAGGCCGUCAGAAGACGAGCGGAUGAGGCGAAUGGUAUCCUGGUGCCCCAUCCGGACGACGUUGCCAAUGGCGCGGAUAUCUCGAGGGCACGAAAGGCUUUCUCCCUCCCGCACUUCAUCCCCUUGCUUUCCGACAGGAUCUACGUCCUCAGUCCAUUCACGCGAAGUUACCUUGUCUCGUGGAUCACCGUUCUAGACUCUGUACCAGAGCUGGAGCUUAUUACCUACCUUCCGGAGUUUCUGGACGGACUUCUGAAGUACCUCUCCGACCCCACAGACGAUGUCAGAGUAGCGACUGAAAGUUUGCUUGCCGACUUCCUCCGGGAGAUCAAGGAAGUCACGGUUGUCCAGAAGCGCCAUGAAGACCAGCUCAAGGCGAAGAGAGAAGCUACCAUAACGGAAGCAUCCCGACGUAUUGAAGCCGAGAAAGAAAAGCUUCCGGAUAUAACUAUGGAACACCCUGAGCGCGCGCCUUUCAUCUCUGAGAAUGAUGACGUGUUCGACAAUGAUCUUGAGACACCAGAUGAGAAGCCAGAGGAGCAAGAGCUCCGGGAUACCGGUGCUUGGGUACCUGGGCAAGGUGUUAGGAUUGACUAUGCUGCCAUCGUAGAGAUUCUCCUUGCACAGUUGGAUGAUCAACACGACGAGAUUCAGCAAUCCACUGCUCUCCGAUGGCUAUGCGAGUUUCUGAGCAUCAACCAGGAUGUCAUGAUACCGUUCACCCCUCGACUCAUCCUCGCUAUCCUUCCGAACCUUGCCCACGACGUUCCCAUGAUCCAAUCCGCUGCAACGCGAACGAAUCAAGCCCUCCUGAACGUCAUUCAAUCCCUCCCUGUCCCUCCGGAACCUGUCCCCGGUCGUCAGCAGACCCAAGGGACAGACAGGUCGUCCAAUGCCUCCGUCGCUAUCCCUUCCUCCCCGACCCCUACACCUCCAACGCUAGUACCGACGAGACAGCCCACAGGGGCAGCCACCAGAGACUCAGGGUCGAGCCGGGACAUCAGCUCGCCCGAGUCGCCUCCAGAAGUUGCGCCCCAAACAGUAGUCGACCGCGCCCCGCCCUCCGGGCUGACGACGCAGAUCAAGAGUCGUUCCGCUACGGUGUCCUCUGAGACGCCUCCUCGCGCUGUCAACCAACCCAUCGAGAACGCCUCCCAGGCACAGGUGCAGAACAGCAGGCCGGAGUCGCCAGUGUCGGCGAUCAGCGUGCUGCAGACACAGCAGUCGCCCGAGUCGUCGAUGCUGCAAGAGCGGGACCAGAUCGACUACCAGGCGACGGUGAACGCGCUGACGAUCCAGUUCUUGAGCGAGCAUGAGGAGACGCGAGUCGCGGCGCUCAAGUGGCUGAUCAUGCUGCACCAAAAGGCCCCGAAGAAGAUCUUGGCGAUGGACGAUGGGACGUUCCCGGCGCUGUUGAAGACGCUGUCAGACUCGUCGGAAGAGGUCAUCAAGCAUGAUCUGCAGCUGCUUGCGCAGAUCUCGUCGAGUUCGGAGGAGGGUUACUUUAAGUUAUUCAUGAAUAACCUCUUGGAGCUGUUCAGCACAGACCGAGGCCUAUUGGACUCAAGAGGCAGUCUGAUCAUUCGACAACUAUGUCUCAACCUCAACACCGAGCGGAUAUACAGGACAUUUGCCGAGAUCCUUGAGAAGGAGGAAGAUCUCGAGUUUGCGAGCGUCAUGGUGCAGAAGCUCAAUAUGAUCCUGAUCACGUCACCCGAGCUGGCGGACUUCCGCAGGAGGCUGAAGAGUCUGGAGACACGAGCAGAUGGCCAAGCGCUCUUCACGACGUUAUAUCGAUCAUGGUGUCAUAAUGCCGUCGCUGUCUUUUCACUGUGUCUCCUCGCCCAAGCCUAUGAGCACGCCUCAAAUCUUCUUUAUAUCUUUGCCGACCUCGAGAUCACCGUGCAGCUGUUGGUUCAAGUCGACAAGCUUGUACAGCUGAUUGAGUCACCGGUCUUCACUUAUUUGCGUCUACAGCUGCUGGAGCCCGAGAAAUACCCACACCUUUUCAAGUGCCUUUACGGGCUUCUCAUGCUGCUACCUCAAAGUUCUGCAUUCCUCUCCCUCCGCAACCGCCUGAAUGCCGUCAACUCCGCAGGCUUCCUCCACAUCGCGCCCAAGUCAACGGUCGGCAACCUGUCUUCGACGCGUUCGAAGCUCGGCCGAGAAGACAUCAAAUGGCAGGAGCUCCUGCAGCACUUCCGCGCCGUCCAGGUCAGACACGAGAAGGCGCGGAGACAGGCCCUCGGGACCGACACCACGUCCUUCAGCGCGUACCCAUACGCGGAGAGCGCGAAGCCGCCGACGCCGCCCUCGGGCUCUGGUGCCGGGCCUGCACCGCAUGUGCCGCCCGGUCGUCGCAAGGUCACUGGAGACGGUCCGAUCCGACCGCCGUCGCGUACGGGCGGGAUGCUCUCGCCGCUCAACCCGAAGGCCCGGAUCCAGAGCGGGCUGGCGAACAACGUCGUCCCGGGCCCACAGCCGCCCGGGAGCCCGACCGGGCCUACGACGCAGAUACAGUCGAAGGUGAGGAGGACGCUGAGCUUGAGCCGGAAGACAUGACACGACAUGAUGGACUGUGAACGGUUUGCGUGGACGAUUAGGAUGUGCCAUGCGCUAGCUUAUGACUUGUCACGAUGCUACACUACAUUCAUAUCUUUCUGCAUGGAUCGUUAAUUGGAACAAUGCAUGACCGUCGUC